UCUUCUGACUGGACUAGAGAGAGUGUAGAGAGUGUCACUCUCUCUCUCUCUCUCUCUCUCUCUCUCUCUCUCUCUCUCAACCAAAUAACCCCUAGGUGCGUGUGCUCUUCAACGCUCUUUGACUCUCCUCUGUUGUCCCUCCUACUCUCAUUCUCUCUCUCUUCCGGUCAAAGCCCUCUCUCUCUAAAACCCCUUUGUACGGUUUAGGGUUUUGGCUAAACCACUCAAGUUUGUUCCUUAAAGCUUUCCAUUGGCUAAUUUGGCUUGUCAUAUUUCAUAAUAUGCAAUCUGAAAUUCACUAUAAGCAAAACCAUGGUUGAGAAAACCAAAGACCCUAAGAAAUGUUCUAUCACCGAAGAAGAUACAGCCACUCUCUUACAAAGGGCAGGUACACGGCAACGACUGUGUUGGCAUUGCUACAGGAAGUGGCGCAUUGGCCGGCGGCGAAGAUUGAUUGGAUUCGGUUGGUGGCAAAGACUUCAACUGGGAUCUCCAAUGCCAAAGAGUAUCAGAUGCUUUGGCGCCAUUUAGCUUAUCGGGAAGCUCUUGUUGACAAAUUCGACAAUGGGUCUCAACCUUUGGAUGAUGAUAGUGAUUUAGAAUAUGAAUUGGAAGCUUUUCCUGCUGUUUGUGGUGAAGCUUCAACAGAAGCUGCAGCAUGUGUGAAGGUUCUAAUUGCCUCUGGUUUACCAAGUGACUCAAGUCAUCGAAACGGCACAACGGUAGAGGCUCCAUUGACCAUAAAUAUACCCAAUGGCCAGCCAUCUAGAACUCAUGAAAAUUCAGAACCAACUUGUUCAAUGCAAGGGAAGAACAUUACAGUUCCGGUUUCUGUUAAAAAACAACCCCUUCCUGCUGCAACAAUGUCGUCAGUGGCAACUGCUGAUGGAGGUGAUGCAAAUGGAUCGGCUAGCAAUAGCAUGGCUCCUCGAAAGAAAAGAAAAAAAUGGUCAGAGGCUGAGGAUUUUGAAUUAAUUGCAGCUGUGCAGAAAUGUGGUGAAGGAAAUUGGGCAAAUAUCUUAAGAGCAGAUUUCAAAGGGGACAGAACAGCUGGUCAGCUAUCUCAGAGGUGGGCAAUUAUUAAGAAGAGGAAUCAAGAGUUGAAUUUGAGAGGCAACUCGAGUGGUAAACUUUCAGAAGCACAGUUGGCCGCUCGUCAUUCAUUGUCCGUAGCCCUCAAUAUGCCAAACCUAACAGCUAAGACAAUUGGCACUGCUGGAACAAAUGCUCACAAUAAGUUUGCUAGAGAAGUUGCAACUAGCAACUCUCUGCUUACUACUGGUGCUAAAGCAGAACCGCAGUCUCAGCAAGACCUUAAACCAACAAAAAAACCAUAUCAAAUGGAAUUAUUGGGUUCCACGACAAAAUCUCGAAUAACCUCCAAGAAUACCUUAACAAAACCUAAUUGCAAUGAUGAUGAUAUAGUAAGAGCCAUUGCAGUUGCUGCUGGGGCACGCAUUGCUUCUCCUUCAGAUGCUGCAUCACUGCUCAAGGCUGCUCAGGCAAAGAAUGCUGUCCAUAUCAUGCCUACAGGCGGUUCUUCUAUCCAAUCGUCCUUACCUCGUGGUAUGUCUACCCACUCAGAGCCUCAUCCUAAUUUACAUAUGCGUACCGGCUUAGCUGGUAUAACACUUUCCACCCCUCCACCAACUGAUGUCACACCUAAUGCCGUACACCCUGGGUCUUCAAAAGCUCUCCCUCUGAUGAGUCAGCACACUCCAACUAAUGGCACAUUGCUAUCCAAACAGAUUAAGGGUGUGAGCUGUAGCCUGGAUGCCAAACUUCCAUCAAAGCAAGUGGUUAGGACUGAAGAAGGAAGCGUAAUUGCUGAGUUGGGAUGCACUCCAAUAGUGCUGGCCCAAGAUGAAGCAGUUAUCUCUAGGAACGGACAGGAUGAGCAAGUUAAAGAUGACAAAGUGGAUUCACCUAACCAGAAAGCUGAAUUGAAAAUUUUAUCAACUGAUGCUGAGAAUCCUGUUAGUUCAUUGAACAUUGAGAGAGAUGAGACUCAUCAUAAAGCUGUCAUAAGUGUACAAGGUGAACAGAGACAAAGUGCAAAAGAUAAUGAGGUUGUGUGUUCGCUCAUAGGAGGUGGUGAUCCAUCUGCAGUUGAUAGUUCUGAAAAACCAAGCACAACUGAGAAGCAGACAGAUCUUCUGGGCACUGUAACAGAUGGAUGCAAUGGAAAACAUGUUUUAAGCAAAGAGGAGGCUGGCAUUAAGAUCAAUGGGGAACAUGAAGGUUAGAGUAUCUUGUGACGAUUGUGGUGUAAAUUUUUACGUUGUUUUUUUCUCACUGGGGGAAAGGGGAUUGGAACUUGGAACAUCUUCCAAUAUCAGGAAGAGAAGUGCCACUAGACUAAGAGCUAGUUGGUUUUUGUGGUGUAAAAUCUUUGUCAAUGAUGUAAAUUCUUGUCAGUUUUUUAUGGUGAUAGUAUCACAGUUGAACGAUGGAUUGAUAUUAUUUGUCAAUGAUGUAAAUCUAUGUUAAUUUUGAAUGGU